AUCACACUUACAAAAAUCGCAGUUAUAUUAUCGCGUUUAAACUUGAUAUAAUCGCUUAUGCGAAAGAAACAUCUAAUUGUCAUGCAUCAAUAUUUUACAAAGUUGACCGAAGGCGGGUUCAAGAAUGGAGACAACAAAAGUCAAAGCUUGAGGCUCUUAAAGAAAAUAAAGAUAUAAAUAUAGAUCAAACACGUGUCCUUAGUGGUUGUGGUCGAAAAGCAAUAUAUCCUGGGUUAGAAAAAGAAUUGGUGGAUUAUAUUAAAAAAAAGAGAGAAGAAAAACUUGCGGUUACAACGUCCAUGAUUAGGAAAAAGGCAAAGGAGUUAGGAAAGACCCUAGAUAUUAGGGAUGCCAAAUUUUCACGUAGCUGGUGUGAUCGUUUUAGAAAACGACAUGGUUUGAUGGAAUGUACCCGAACACAAAUUGUGCAAAAAUUUCCUGAAAAUAUGCCUUUAGUUAUUAGAGACUUUCUUGAAGUUUCACAUGAAAAAACAAAUGUUAUUGAAAAACAAUUUAUUAUCUCUUUUGAUGAAAUGCCUAUGUGUUUUGGACUACAUAGCUUCUGGAGUAAAACUUCUGCCUAUGCAGCACCUCAUGCAAAUAUAAAAGGUGAUCUAAUGAUUUCUACCUAUAUACCACAAGCUAUUCGAUCAAGACCAAAUGGUUUUUUUAAAAGUAAAGGUAUUAUAUUUGUUGAUGGUCAUCGAAGUCAUGUCCGUGAUGAUGUAAAAAAAGCAUUUAAAGCAGAGGGGCUAGAUCUUUUAGAAAUACCUGGAGGAACAACUAGUAUUUUACAACCACCAGACGUUUCGGUUAACAAGCCAUUUAAAAAUGGAGAGAUUAGUUCUAAUAUUUUAGUUAGGUCUUUCGAAGCAGCUGGACUUACGCUUAAUCCAGAUGGUAGUGAAAAUGAUAAAAUGUCUCAAUGUCUUCAGGCAAUUGUUCAAGCUGUCGCUAAAAACCGGACGAAUGAAUUGAAUAUGAAUGAGUUAUUGGAUGUGCUUCCAGAAGAUAAAAAUGAAAGCGUGAUGGAUGUGGAAAAUCAAACUGACAAUGAAGAAAAUACCACUGAUGAAACCGAUAGUGAAAAUGCAAUGGAUUAUAAAUAUGUAAUGGAUAAUGAUGAAAGAAUGAUAGAAUAA